AAAACCAAAAGAGGAAGUAGAAAUACUUAAACAAUUCCAACUUUUAAUCUUGUCAAACAGAAAGUCAAUACCAUUUCUUGAUUAUUUUCACUAAAUAGUAUCUAAUCCAACUUUCAAAAAUGUUUCAAGAACCUGACUACAGAGAAAAUCUAUCAUUGAUGUUAUCAGAGGUUUUACAUGACAUUGGUGUCAAUGAAAGAAUAGUGAUGAUAAGUAGAAUACAAAACAUGCUGAUGGAGACUAUGGACUAUAUCACAGACAGGUUAAAUGAUGAAAAUGGAACUGUAUAUUAUCUAGGGAGUCGGAGUGAAGGUACAACUACUUUAGGACUAAAUUCAGACAUUGAUGCACUUAACUGUGUAAAUGAUUUCAAUUUAAUACAAGACUGGUCAGAGUGGGAACAUGGCAAGAAAAACUACUUUAUGAUACAGGAUGAGAACACUACCCCUGGUUACUGUUUCUUACAACUGCUCCGAUAUGAUGAACCUCUUCCUGUCACUUUCAUUCCUAAUGAUGACUAUAUAUCUGAUACAAGUGGAAGAAUUUUGUUAAAAAACACAAUAAUGCAUGGUGUUAUUAAGGGUGCUGUAGAUCAUGGUCCAUCAAAUGCUUUAAUAGGACAACAAGGAGCAUGUGAUACAGACUAUGUGUUGGCUUAUCCUUGUAAAUCAUGGCCUCAAUCAGCAUCAGGUUGGUUAGGGAGACAAGGUAUAGGAAGAUGGCCAACACAAGAUAUGAGAAGACAUGCAACUAGUACUAGAUGUUUUGUUGUUCCAACUGGAAGUAAGAUCAGUGAAUAUCCUGAACUUGAAUGGAGAAUAUCUACAUCCCUGGCAGAAAGAUGUGUUAUGUUAAACCUAAAUAUAACACAAAUAAGGUGCUGUGUAUUAUUGAAAAUGAUUCUUAAAUACUUCCUAAAUCCUCAAGCGGAAAUUAAUAUAUCAAGUUUUAUGUGUAAAACAGUUCUACUACAUUGUAUAGAAAACACAGAGCCAAGUAUAUGGAAAGAAAACAAUUUAUUUACAUGUUUAACAUACUGCUUAUUAGAAUUACACAGCUGUGUACAGAAUGACAGUUGUUCACAUUUCAUUAUCCAAGAAAACAAUUUGAUGGCAGGGCAAUUUACAGAUGAAACAAAACAUGAACUUUCAAAAUAUAUAACUGAAUUUAUACAGAAUGAUGGGCAUGGAUUACUUAGAAUGGAUUUCGAUGAUCUUGGUCAAAGACUGCAAGUUAAACUGAACAUGGUACCACAUGGAGGAUACAAUUUUCGUUCUUCUCUUGAAAUAUAUGAAAUAAAUUUAAGCUCAUUAUAUCAAAACAUUGCAACACAUGUAGGUGGAUGUAAUGUACUUGUUUUAGAACAUUUACACAAUCAAAACAUUAGAAAAAUGAAGCAAUCUGUUUGUAAACUAAUGACCUUCAGUGAUAAUAGAUUACAACAUGCUGCAUUCAAGUUUCUAGCACCUUUUAUUUUUACCACAAAUGGAUCUGUCAUGGCAUCAUCCAGUAUUGGUGAAAAUAACCAAGUGUCACCUGAAUCAUUGCUUUGGCUAUCAGCUGGUUUAAACUCAGAUAUCUCAUCUAGCAGACUUAAAUUGGCUUCAGUAUUCUACAGUACAAGAGAUAUGGAGAAAGCUGAACUAAUUCUGAGGCACACUAAACAACAAUAUUACUCUUAUCCUGUUAUACCUAUCUGUCGCUGCUGGCAAAAGCCUCCAACACAAGUAACAGCAGAAUUCAUGAGGGCUUGUAUUGAGGAAAGUGACAACAGUAUCAACCAUCUUACAUCAUUUUGUGUCAGUUUUAUACAGAAAGAAAUCAACUGUGUCCCUCAUGAACUACAAUAUGAAAUGUUCAGAUCUACACAGGAUGACAUGAUACACAGAGAACUUUAUCAUGACUUUUGGAUGGACUGGGCUGUAGUUGAUUCUCUACCUUUCCUGUACUUCCUACAAUAUAAAGUCUAUCGUCAUCUACAAAGACAUCAAGACCAACAACAAGCACUUAAUAAACUUAUAAGUACCAUAGAAAUAGAUAAAAAUCUUGGACAUAGAGAAACAGCUCUAAACAUUUUAGGGCAAUGUAUGGAACAAGAAAACAGACCUCAACAAGCAUUAAAAUGCUACCUGCUUUCUCUUCAACAAAGGGCAAGAAACAAUGUAGCAAACGUCCAUAUAUGUAAGCUUCUUUGUAGGGUAUUGACUGACCGAUAAAACAUGUGGUCAAAAGCAGACAGUAUAAAGACUUGAAUUUCUAUUGAUCAAAAUCAAAAUUCUUGCGUGUAGAAAUAAACCUUUUUUUCCUGUUAUUAUUUUUAUAGGUUUGUCUAGUCACACUUGUAUGUUCAUUUUCAUUUUCAUUAAUUAAUGACAAAAAUUAUAAGUAAAAUUCAAUCAUCUGACCUAGACAGUCAUGGUCAUAUCUGAAUCAUUUAACACGUCGUCCGUUGAUCACACGUGUUGUUUUGUCCCCUUAAGAAUCAAAUCCAUACAUAAAACAAAAUUUUGACAACUUAACCAAAAUUCAAUAAUUUAACCAAUAAGGUCAAGCUCUUGCAUGAGCCAAGGUCAAUUUUCGUAUGAUUUUGCUUUGUCUGGAGUUAAUCCAUUCAUAAAUAAAAAAGUAUAAGCUUGUAACAGGAAAAACAAGAAUGCAUAUGUGUUUGUUCAAAACAAAUGCACCGAACUCAGAUUCUUGUCAGUAAUAAUUUUUCAGUUAUGGACAGAAAAGUUCCUGAAAACAUUGUUACUAUAUACAAAUAAUUUGAGUCUUGACAUUUUGUAGUUGUGAAAAUAAAAUUGUCGAAUCAUUGCUAUGACUUGUGAUGAGGUUGAAAAAUAUGUAACUUUAUCAAACAUAUUUAAAUGCAAGACUUCACCUUGACCCCAGUGACCCCAAACUCCAACAACUUUAAGUAUGUUCAUUGUAAAUAUGAGACAUUGUUAAAAAAUUAAAGGCUGUAUAAAAAUGUGUAAAAAUCUAUUGUCAGCACAAGUGGCACUGACCUUGUGACUCGCAGCACUGGACCAUCCAAAGCAUGUGCGUCCAAAUAUGAAAAACAUCAGUCUAUAAAUAAAGGCUGCAUAAGCCAAUGUGAAAAAUCUUUCCUUUAUUUUGCACCCUUGACCCACUGACCUCAUACUCAAUCCAAAAGAAGAAGACUAUGCAAAUAUGAAAGACAUCUGUCCAUUUAUAAGUUCUGUAUGGGCAAAAGAGUGAUAAAUAAUUUUCAGCACUGGUGAACUGACCCCA